AUGGGUCGACCCCGGCAGUUCUACCGCGUCCUGCGCGAGGUCCGCGUGGCUGACGCACCAAUGCCCGACUCGUACGUGCACAACGCGCGCAAGAUGCCGGGCGAGGUCGUCGAGGUCAUCGACGCGGGCCAGCAGUCGCAGCAGGAGCCACUCUCGCCGUCGCAGUCGCAUCCGUCGCCGCACGGUCGCCGCCGCAGCACGGGCGGCUACGAAGAUAGCGACGUGUCGUACCUCAAGCUCGCCCAUGCCGCCGGCUGGAUUCCGCUCGAGAAUGCGCUCGAUGGCGCGCGCAACGUCGAGCUCCUGCCCGAGACGAACUGGACGGAGGAGGUCGCGUCGCCCAGCUUCUACUUUCGCGUGCUCGUGCCCCUCGACGUGCGCACGGGGCCCGACUGCUUGGCGCCCAAGGUCUCGCCCGUCGACACCAAGCGCCCGAACGAUAUCGUCGAGGUCGCUCGCGUCGUGACGUUUCCGCAGAGCCGCGUGGCCUUUGUCGAGCUCAAGCCCGCCGGGUGGCUCAACGUGCAGCUGCCCAGUGGCCGCCACGUGCUCGAGCGCCUCGACGAAGCGCCGAUCGUCACGCGACCGAGUGCGAUCUCGGUCACAGCGCCCAACAACGUGACGGUUGCGACGCUAAGUGGCAAGGAAGGGACGCUCGAGCACGGCCAUUUCUUCUACUGCGUCAAAAUCGCCGUGGGCAUUCGCGAGUCGCCCGACAUCAUGGGCCCGCGAGUCGGGAAGGGCUUUCACCUCAACACGAUCGUGGAAGGGUCCCAGCGCUUCACGCCAAAUGGGUCGCCCAUCACGUACGUCAAGCUGCUCCACGAGCGCGGCUGGGUCUUCGAGUCGACCAUGGACGGCCAGGUCGUCUUGUCGCCGCUGCACAGUCUUAUCCAACGGGACAUUACGCGAGGCUUUUACCGCGUCUUGGACUCGGACAAUGGCGUGCCCGUCUUCUCGGCGCCGUCGUUCGAGAGCCCGGUGCUCACGACCCGGCUCCAAGUCAUCGAGUGUCGCGAGCGACUGCGCCUCGAUGUCGCGCUCGCCGACGACGACGAGUCUGCGACGUCUGUCGUUACCUUUCUCAAGCUCCGGCACGCGCCAGGGUGGGUGCCCGAGACGACACGCCGCGGCGAGCUCCUCGUUACGGCUAUUGACGGCGAUGCGACCACGAUCGACGUCCCCAAGUUUUACAAGGUCCAGAUCGCGGUACCGGUGCGCAUGGCGCCCGACAUUGACGGGCCUCGCGUCCAAGGCAGCUUUCCCAAGCCUGUCGGGUCCAUCGUCGAGAGCAGUUUGCGGUACAUCCCGCCGGCGUCCGACAUGACUUACGUCAAGCUCGCGCACGAGCCUGGCUGGAUCUACGAACGCACGGUUCAGGGCGAGUCGGUGCUCGUCGCGCUGAGCAAAGAACCGGAGAAGCAACACGGCAAGUUCUACUACCGCACCAAAACCCGCGUCCGCGUUCUCGUGUCACCCGAACCGACCAGCGCUGUGCUUAAGUACAUUGACGAGAACCAGGCGUUUGUGGCGCUGCUCCAGUUUGGUCUACCAGACUCGGACAUUACGUACGUGGGGCUCAAGGACAAGGGCUGGGUCGCACUCGAUGCACCGAAUGCGACCAAGAUGACGAUCGAGCGCAUCACGGAGGCCGUGUAUAAUUUAUGGACGGCGCCCCCUGACUGGGUCGCUGUCGGGUUUCCAAAUCGCUCGUGGUACAAGGUGCCGGACGAGCCAGAUGUCGUGGCGCUCGAGACCAUGCUGCAAGCCGAGCUCGCCAACAGCAUCCUGCUAAGUACUUCACAAGGCAAAGACAGCGUCCCGAUCGUUCGAAGCGGUCGCCUCGGCGAUGUCGCGGUGACGCUCGAAGAGAUCAAGCACCCGGCGAAUGCGAUCUUGCUCACGUUUCCGUGGAAGCAGCUCUGGUGGCACAUUGCAUUUGCCGACGCCCCGCUCGUUGUCGAGGUGCAGCACGGGCUCCACGGCGGCUUCCGCGCAGUCUACUGCAACGGCGAGCUCCAGACCCAGGCGCGGCUGCUCUGGGACGGCGGCGAUGCCUUCUGCUUUGCGCACAACGGCCACGAGCUCAGCGUGCGCAUCGUGCUCGAAGGCUCGUUCUUCUCGACUAGCGCCCAGUACUUUUCCUAUGCGCUGACGGUCGACGGCGCCUCGAUUGCUGCCAACGUCGACGUCUAG